AGCACCAUGACAUCACAAGUAUCUUACAAAUCCAAGAUUGACCGGCUCAUCUUGAACUACUUCAUCCAGGAAGGAUACAAGGAGGCAGCCAUCACAUUUUCCAAGGAAACCAAUAUCGAAUUGUCCCAGGAAAUAGGAGUGUCAUCCCUUGAUUCUAGGUCAUUGUCCCUAUUGGAGGCCUUAAGCAACACUAGCCCGGAUGAUCAACAAGCGUUUUUCGACCAAAUCCAAAACCAUAAUAUAGACUCCAAUAUUGCCAAGUAUGACCCCGAAGUGAAUAGGCUUGUAUUCCAGGACCGAAACACCAAAAUUGUCAGAGGGUACUCCACAAUCAACGAGCGGAAGGAAAUCAAAUAUUUGAUAUUGACUGGAUCUAUCACCACCGCCAUCGAGAAGAUCAGCGAGUUCUUCCCCAGCGUUUUGGACUCCAACAACUUGCUCCACUUCAAAUUGCUCCGGCUCAAUCUCAUUGAAAUGAUCAGACUGCAUAAGUUGACCAACCCAAACACCAGUGGUGACAUGGAAAAGAAGUUUUUAGGGGACAUUUUGGGGUUUGUACGAACAAAUUUGGUCAAUAAGGUCACUCGGUCAUACAAGCUUUUGAAGGAAUUAGAAAUCACCAUGAGUCUUUUAUGCUUCAACUUUGACCCGUCGUUGGGAUCAGUUGAACACCAAAAGGAUCUUCCUGAGGAAUUGAGGUCGUUGUUCGAUUUGUCCUUGAGGACACAAUGCUACAAGUUGGUGAACAGAGCCAUUUUGAACAUGAAUAAACCCAGUACAGAGAGCUAUAAUGAUCUUGACAGUAUCACCGAAGACCAGGCUCGCUACGAGCAACUUAAUGCUAGUAUUGGACUGAACGGUUACGCUGUCAAGCACAUCGCCAAGGACGACUUGGAAGCAUACCUAGACCAGGAUUCAGACUCAAAUUCUGACCUAGAAUCAGUGGAUGAUGAAACUGACGAAAUGGGACCCGUAUCGUCUAAGACUGAAGGCAACUCGAUACAAGACGAGGCUCUAGAGGAUGAAGCUAAUAAGCUUCAGACGCUUGAGUUCGAGUCCAAGCUUGAGCGUGUUGUGAAACUCUGGGCCUUAACGGAACAUCGAAUGGUAGAGUUGAACACCAUCAAAGAAAAACGCUACGACUUAAACGACGAAUUUAUAUAAUUAUGGAUAUAGCACUAUACAGUCUAUCACAUCACCAGUUUCAAUUCCACACUUGGCUAGAUAGUCAUUGUCUUUCUCUCUUCCUAGCUUUGUACAACGCUUGUUGUAAAUGUAUACGUUGCCUCUUGAGAGAAACUCGGACUUGUAAGGGUCGUACAAAUCGGAAGAAUUAAAGAGAUCGAGAAUCUUUCUCCGCAAAUGGUCAAUAGUCGAACCGUAUUCGGGGUCAUCGUUCAUCUCGAAAUCUUCGGGACUGAACUCAAAGUGGUACUUGAUGAAGUCCUCUCUCUCAAAUGCGGCUUUCUUGGCCUCCGAUAAUGUUUUCCAAUUCAAUAUGUUAUAUUUGGAUUUGAAUUUGAGGUUAUAGAAAUGAUCCACCUUAUCCAAGUUAUUUCUCUUUGCAACGUUCAACUGAACAUACACAUGGGCACAAUGCACAGGUAUUUCUUUGAAAAUGUCCUUUGCGUGGUACUCCCACCACCCAAGGUAGAUUCCGGUCCAAUAAGUGAUCUCGUAUGACAAAAGGAGUACAGAGAACACAAGGAUGAAUUCACUAAUAUACCUGCCGCUUUGGGUCACCAACAAGUUUUUGGUGAACAGAUGACUGGCUAGUCUUUCAGCCAAGUACUCAUCCCACUUCCAGAAAUACGAGGUGACGAGUUGUACAGUUUGUGAUUGAAACAUCACUU